AUGAUCUCUCCACCAUUUGAGCUGCUAAGCUUGCCAAAUGUAUCGGUUGACAAAUUGAUCCGUAAACCUAUCUGUGUGGACCGGUCGAAUUUUCAUAUUGGAGUCUCCCAAAGCUCUGUCACAACUGUGUCUCUUCGUCCUUCAAGAGUUGUAGGCGCUUUUUCGGUUCCUCCUAGUGUAGAUAUUACUGCUGUGGCCACUGAUGGGAAGAAAGAUGCCCCCAUUGUUGUUUAUGCCACAAACGAGCGUAAGAAGCAUUUUCUGAAGAUCAUUGACACCCAGAUCUCGCAACAGCUCAAAAAGGAAGUAGCCCGACUACAUUUUUUUAACGGCUGUUUUGUCGCGAUUCAAAGCGACAAUACCAUGGAAGCCUUUGAUGCCGAGAAAUUAGAGAGUAAAUGGAAACGCGCAGCCAAAAAGGGUCUUUCGUACAAGUUUUCAGCCAUGAUCGAUGAUGGAGUCUGUGUGGUCAUUUCUAGCGCAAAGAAGCACUUUGUACUCGAAACACUUGCCUUUGAUGAAUCUGGUGUUCGUGAACUCAAGGUUGUUGAGAUUCCUCUCGAAUGUGAGGUUGGGAAAUUCAGCUACUCUGAAGGUGUAGUGUAUCGGUGUGAGAAUCGCACGAUUCAGCUAUACAACGUUCCAGAUGCCACUUUAAUAUCGCAGUUCGACAUUCAAGGAGAUGAUGCCAUUGAAGAUAUGAUUGCCAUGCCCAACAAUAAUAUUUGUGUUAUCCAGAACUCAGUGCUGAGCAUCAUUGAUUGUUCUUACCGAUCUACUAUCUCCAAAUGCGAGUUGCCGUCUGGAACUUCCAUCAGCUUGCUGUCAUACUCUCCUGAGGCUGAAACUAUCAUUGCUGCAUCCGCCAAGACCGUGCUUGGUUUCACUGUGACCCCAAGCUCGGGUACAUUACUUGAGUCCAUUGGUCAUGGUGUAGCCGCUGCUAAUCCACAGUUUACUUGCGGCCAUUGUGACCUUUUCCCUUCUUUGAUUGCCAAGAAUAGCUUUGUCCCUACUCUCUUGCAAAAUAUCAAGGAAGCUCAGGAGGCUAGCUCGAAAAUUCUGCAUGCUCUGGAAGCCGCCGCCAAGAAGAAAGAUGAAAAGGUCUUCCUCAAGGUUAUUUCUUAUCUUAAAGGUGAUUCAUGGGAACAGGCACAACCACCCUCGGAGACAGUCGUUUACGAAGAUACUGACCGUCAGGUCGAUAGAGAUUUGAUCAAGCAGAUCACUUAUUUGGUUUUCAGUGUGACUCUGGGGAGUACAACCUUGUCUUAUUUGCCGUUUUUACCAAACUCGUUCGCUAUUUAUCUACUCACUCACCCACUGUUCCCUGCAGGUGAACCCGAAAUGAAGGAUCUAUUUACAUGGCUCAAAGCAUACCCGCAGCUGUAUCGACAAGCCAUUGUUACGCUGUCAAGCGCUUCACCCGAAGAUAUUCUUGGUGGACUGCUCUCGCAGGACGAGGACAUUUUCCACGAUGCAGUUCUUCGCCUUGAGGAAGAGUUUGGACAACAGCAAAUUACUUUGGCAAUCCAAUCGUUAUUUAACCGAAGUACCGACCCCGAGGAGCUUAUCCAGGUUGUUGAUAGACUCAGCAAAUCUCCAGAUGGCUGGGCUUUGGUAGCACCUUUCGUUGAUAGCCUCGGUCUCUUGGCCUGGGACAAGGCUAACCUGGAUAAACUGCAGAAUAGACUACAGGCUCAGUUGGAGAGUAUUCAGAGUGCAGUCACAACCAACCGCCUGAUAUCAGAACUGUUCAUGUCUGUUGAAAUUGAUGCCGAAGACGGCAAAACUAUUUCCAAUGGUGAAAUCAAGCGUCGCAGCAAAAAGAGUCAAGAAACAGACAGAACACGAGACGAGCCCAAGUUUGUUCCCAAGUACAGUGUCGAAACAUUGGUUAUCAAUUAA